AUGCGUCGAUCAAGUCCUCAGCUGUCACUAUCGCCAACGACGCAGAGGAGGAGGAGUAGGACCAGCAAAACACCCGAAACCGCUGCCGCCGCCGUAGGUCCGAGGGCCAACUUGGCGAGGAGGGCGUGUGAUGCGUGCCGGGCCCGCAGGAGGAAAUGCCACUUUGAUGACGUGCAGAGUCCAACUUCGGCACCUCUGGCGCAGCAGUGCCGUGAUUGUGCUAGGCUCGGCAUCGCAUGCAGCUUCCUUGUGCCCACGAGGCCUCGGGGGCCUAAACGAAGGAAACGCCUUCCGUCAAUGUCGGAUAACAGUGAUAGUGAGCAUCCACACGAGACUGAGACACCCCGGGCAGAGAAGCUGCCUUCGCAGCCGGCGUUGAGCCAUGAGCCCGUCCUUGUCCUACCGGAAGAUGAACCUCGUCUGCCGGGGCGGCCUUCACAAGUUAUACCGUCAUGUGAAGCCUCGCAUCAUGUCGCCAAUGGUCCGUCGCCGCACGCUACCGUCGCAGUUCAGACCGAGUCCCCGUCGAUAUCCGGUCCCGGAUUCCCAACCGAUGAAUUAUGCUCGCGGGCGCUCAUCAACAUCAUGAUGGCCGACUACCUCGACCUGGUCUACCCCUUAGUCCCCGUCGUCCAUCGGCCCAGUUUCCGCCACGAUCUCGCAAAGAACCGCGACGUCACUGACCCUGACUUCUUGGCCCUGCUCGUGAGCCUCGUCUCGCUGACUGUAGGUCUUUUGCCGUCCCGGUUUCGAGUAUACCGGACUGUGGACCCGGAGGCCGGCAUGCGUUAUGAGACGCGUACCGCCUUCAUCAACUGCUGCGCCGAGAUAUGUAUGCGGCAGAGGGACGCGAGCUACUGGAACCACAUCAACUUCCGCAAGUGGGCCGUCUCGUACGUGCUAUCCGUGGCAUGCUUCCAGACGGGGCAGGCCAACCGGAGCCGGAUGUUUGACAUUGAAUUCUACCAGCUUGGGAGGCUGUUGGGGCUGCACCGGAUAUCGGACUAUGAGGGUUUGAAUUGUAUCGAGACUCAGUUGAGAAAGAAGGCUUUCUGGAUGCUGUUUUAUGCUUGGGCCCAUAGCAAGGUCCAGAGCGGACGUUCGGACCAUCUCACAUAUUUUAACCCAAACGAGUUACGCGAGGUCAACUUUGAAGCUCUCAUGCCUCUUGACGUAGAUGACGAGCAAAUCUUUGAAACUCGAAUCGUCCCUUCAUCCGCAUCCAUUGUAUCGCCGGGAACACCAUGUAACGCCCCCCAAGAACCGCGCCCACCACUUACGCUUGCCAGCGGCUUCAUCUUGCACUCGGAAGUGUUCCUCAAGGGGCUCAGGGAAGCCAUGUACAACGUCGGCUGCGAAUGCGAACUCCGCCGAGGCCCUGCGGUCCGUCUCUCCCGCCUGCGUGAUCUGCUGCAAGAGCUCCGGUAUAUGCUCGACGACGCGCCCGGUCCGAUGCGCCAGUGGGCCUCUUCCGAGAGCUUCGAUGCUGCCCCCGUGACUCCCCGGUACGACGGGGGCAGCCAGCCGGCUGUGUCGAGUUACGACAGUCCGACGGCGGACCACACCCGUUCUUCGGAGCCAGGGAGCUAUGCAAAGAUCAUCCAGGGUCAGGCGGAAAUUAUGCGGGCCAACAUUCACGUCACGCAUCUGUGGCUCCAGAGCAUACUCCUCGAGCAGAUCGACGUGGUUCUUCAAGAGAGUGCGAUUGGCCCUAAUGCCGCGAUGGGCAGCGACGACGUCACCGCGGCGCUGAAGGCGAACUGGACUGAGCGCGAGGAUAUAUGCCGUCAGAUGCUGCAUUUGCUGCACAGCAUACCGUACGUCUAUCUGGAGCCGAACGGCUUGUACCUGACGUAUAAAGUUCGGGAUGUCGCGGUGACGCUUCUCAACUGUCCCUUUGAAGCCCACGAGCGCCCUACGCGGCGGGCUGCAGAGUACAUGCGCGACUUCACACGGGCGCUGUGCCGCCUUGACCGAAGCGAGAUUGUCAACACUAAUAGUCUGAAAAGCUGGGUUGAUGUAGACCGUGAGGUGACGAGUCGGUCAUGCGGUCCGUUGCCAUGA